AUGGCCAACAACGACCUUCUCAAAUGGACAACCAGUGACGUAGACUUCUACGCCCUCCUGGGUGUCACCUUUGAAGCCUGCUCAGAGUCUGAACUGCGGCGCGCCUACCGCAAAACCGCCCUGAAGUACCACCCGGACAAAGUAGGCAAGGACUUCGACCCGGACAAAUACGAGCUCUUCCAAGCAGCGAACGAUGUCCUGAGUGACCCGCAGCUGAAAGCCAAGUAUGACAACCACCGGAAUGCGAAGCUGCAGAAGCAGAGGGCGAAUGAGCUGUUCGAGGGAAAGAGGAGGCAGAUGAAGGAGGAUCUGGAGGCGAGGGAGAGAGGUGGGACGAGUGGGGUGAAAAGGGGGAGGGAGGAAGGGGAGACGGAUAUGGGGAUUGAAAUGAGGAAAUUGGCUGAGGAGGGGAGGAAGAGGAGGGCUGCUCGGCAGUCGAUGAUGGCCGAGAAUGCGGCCUCCUCGCCUGCGCCUCCAAAUCGGAACGCUGAACCGGAACCGACUCUCGUUCCCGAAGAAAAAACACAAAAAUCACAAGAACCGGAAGAGGAAGAUGAAGUGGUCCGCCUCGAACGCCGGAUUCGCGAAGCAGAACUUGCAAAAGCCAAGCGGAAAGCAGACAAGAAAGCCAGGAAGAGUGGAAUCUUCGUUCCUGCCGAGUCGCCCGCAGGCAAGACGGGAGAGACGAAGAUGGGCGCGGAGACAGCUACACCUAUCAAACGUCCCGAUAUCUUCAGAGGAUUGAAAGCUGACGAACAGUCUUCAGCAUCUCCGAAAUUCUCCUUCUCGCCUAGCAUAGCGACGCCGAAGCGGAACGACUUUGCGGCCACGAUGGCGAGAUUGAAAGAGGCGGAGAAGAAGAGGAUGGAAGAGGAGAUUCGGCAGCAGGAAUCGGGAACCGCGUGA